AUGGUGAAGAAAAAGAGAACAUUUUUCAGGUUUUUUGAUGUAAGAAUCACCAUUUUCUUUGAAAUCACCAUUGGAAUCAUAGCCAACACUGUCCUCCUUCUGUUCCACAUCCUCACAUUUCUUCUCCAGAACAGGCCUAAACCCCUUGACCUGACUAUUGCUCAGUUGGCGCUGAUCCACCUGGUGAUGCUGAUGACCAUGAACUUCAUAACUACAGACACUUUAGGAUUUCAGGGUUGGGAAGAUGGCCUCACAUGUAAAGUGAUUAUCUAUGUGCACAGGUUGAUGAGAGCCCUCUCCAUCUGUACCACCUGCCUGCUGAGUGUCCUCCAGGCCAUCACUCUAAGCCCUAGAAAUUCUUGUUUGGCAAAAUUCAAACAUAUAUCCACACAUCACUAUCCAUGUUGCCUUGUGGGUUUAUGGGUCUUCAAUAUGCUCCUGAAUGGUCGUUUCUUAGUCUCCAUUGGUGUCACCCCCAAUGUGACCUCACACAGUCUCAUAUUUGUCACUGAAUCCUGUUCUCUGUGGCCUAUUAAUUACUUAUUCAGAUACAUAUUUUUAUCAUUGGUUAACAUUCUGGAUAUCUCCUUUAUAGGACUGAUGGCUCUUUCAAGUGGAUAUAUGGUGAGCCUGUUGUGCAGGCAUAAAAGACAGUUCCAACAUCUUCACAGCACUAGACUUUCCCCUAAGACAUCCCCAGAAGAAAGAGCCACCCAGACCAUUCUGUUGCUCACGGUUUUCUUUAUGCUUAUGUAUUUCUUGGACUGUGCUACUUUCUUCUCCCGUUCAAUAUUGUGGAACCGUAACCCAGUUAAUCUUUGUGUUCACAUGCUUGUGGGCAAUGGCUAUGCAACUGUCUGUCCUUUUGUUCUAAUGAGCACUGAAAAACGAAUGAUUGAGUGUUUACCAUUCAGGUGUAAAAGACAAUGA